AAUGUAUCGCGCCCAUUUGCCGCGGCGAACAGCGCACCUCGCUGAAUCUUCCGCCGAGGACCAGGGGCCAUCGGAGCAGACUGCGGGUCGCCGGAAAGCGGAAGAGGAAAAAUUUCUUAAACGAGGACAGAGUUUAACAGCGUCGCACCCGAAGGAGCGAGAACAAGCGCCGGAAGCGAAAAGCAAGAAGCGAAAUAAAACACAAGCAGACGAUGAAGUUACUAUAAAAGAUCGGCAGGAUCAAGAGCGCGAAGCCCGUAAACGUCAUCGGCAAGGAGAGGCUCGACCCGGAGAGGGGGCGGCCAAAGUGGACAUUUCGAUGGAGGAAAAGCGGAACAGUGAGAAGAAGAAGGAGAAACGUAUUACGGAAGAUCGCCGAUCGCCAGACCGCGAAGCCGGUAAACGUCAUCGGCAAGGAGAGGCUCGACCUGGAGAGGGGGCGGCCAAAGCUGACAGAUCGGACAGUGAGAAGGAGAAGCAGAAACGCGAAACGGACCGCCUCGCGGAGCUACUGUCACGGGCUGAAGCACUGACAAAGAAGAAAGAAGACAGUAGAAGGGAACGCAAUAAAAGACGACAAAAGCUCAAGCGCAUACGGAAUCGUGAGAAGGUUAACGAGCACCUUCGUGAAAAAUCCAAACAGCGGAUGCAAGAAACUACCAAAGAAAGGGCUUUUCGGCAAACCGAAGCAGGAGCGCGGCAAAAUGCUGCAUUUGCCAAAGGGCACUCCAGACGUGUGCAGACGCAAUUUAAAAAACUGCUGGAGAUCGACGCGUUACUCGGCAAGUAGCCGGACAGCAGUCGUCGGCGAUGCGGAAGGACACGCAGUGCGGUGCUCAGUUUUGGCUUCGUGCGACAGGAUUCGGCAGUCGGAUCGGAUCUCAGUGUGUGUUGGCUGGUUCUUUCUUUUGCGUUCCGUGUUUUGUUUUUUUUUAUGAAGGCAGCGGGAAUUUGUUGUUCGUAUUUCAGUAACCAGAUUAAAUGUUUUUACUAAAAUCGGAUCGGAUCUCACUUCAGUGUGUUGGUUCUUUCUUUUGCGUUCCGUGUUUUGUUUUUUUGUGAAUGCAGCGGGAAUUUGUUGUUCGUAUUUCAGUAACCAGAUUAAAUGUUUUUACUAAAAUCGGAUCGGAUCUCACUUCAGUGUGUUGGUUCUUUCUUUUGCGUUCCGUGUUUUGUUUUUUUGUGAAUGCAGCGGGAAUUUGUUGUUCGUAUUUCAGUAACCAGAUUAAAUUUUUUUA